CCUGGCUGAUAGAGAUCAGAUGGUGACUGGAUAGAAGCUGCCCCAGUCCUGGGUCCAUGAUGUACGCACCAGUUGAAUUUUCAGAAGCUGAUUACCCACGGGCUGAAUAUCAAAGAAGACAGCAAUUUUGGGAUCCUAUACGUGUAGCUCUUUUCACAUUGGCAAUUGUAGCAAUCAUAGGAAUUGCAAUUGGUAUUGUUACUCAUUUUGUUGUUGAGGAUGAUAAGUCAUUCUAUUACCUUGCCUCUUUUAAAAUCACAAAUAUAAAAUACAAAGAAAAUUAUGGAAUGAAAAGCUCAAAAGAGUUUAUAGAAAGGAGUCAUCAGAUUGAGAGAAUGAUGUCUAGGAUAUUUCGACGUUCUUCUGGAGGGGGUCGGUUUAUCAAAUCUCAUGUUAUCAAACUGAGUCCAGAUGAACACGGCAUGAAAAUUCUUAUGGUGCUCAUGUUUCGAUACCCAUCUACUGAUAGUGUUGAGCGAAUCAAGAAAAAAAUUGAAAGGAUUUUAUAUCAAAGUCUGAAGACAAAACAGUUGCCUUUGACUAUAAACAAACCUUCCUUUACACUCACAUCUAUUGACAGCAAAAAGAUGAGGAAUCUUCUCAACAGCCGCUGUGGAAUAAGGAUGACACCUUCAAACAUGCCUUUACCAGCAUCCUCUUCUACUGAAAGGAUUGUCCAAGGGAGGGAAACUGCUCUGGAAGGGGAGUGGCCAUGGCAGGUCAGCCUCCAGCUCAUAGGGGCAGGCCAUCAGUGCGGAGCCAGCCUUAUCAGUAACACCUGGCUGCUCACAGCAGCUCACUGCUUCCGCAAAAAUAAAGACCCAAGUCAAUGGAUUGCUACUUUUGGUACAAUGAUCACACCACCUGCAGUGCAACGAAGCCUGGGGAAAAUUAUCCUUCAUGAAAACUACCACAGAGAAACAAACGAAAAUGACAUUGCUUUGGCGCAGCUUACUACUCGAGUUGAGUUUUCAAAUACAGUACAGAGAGUUUGCCUUCCAGAUUCAUCUCUAAAGUUGCCACCUAAAACAAGUGUAUUUGUCACAGGUUUCGGAUCCAUUGUAGAUGAUGGACCCACACAAAAUAAACUUCGGCAAGCCAGGGUGGAAACCAUAAGUACUAAUGUAUGUAAUAGAAAGGAUGUAUAUGAUGGCCUGAUCACUUCAGGAAUGCUAUGUGCUGGAUUCAUGGAAGGAAAAGUAGACGCAUGUAAGGGCGAUUCUGGUGGGCCGCUGGUUUAUGAUAAUCAUGACAUCUGGUACUUAGUUGGUAUAGUAAGUUGGGGACAAUCAUGUGCUCUUCCCAAAAAACCCGGGGUCUACACCAGAGUGACUCAGUAUCGAGAAUGGAUUGCCUCAAAGACUGGUAUCUAG